AUGCCGUUCAACUUCGACAGACCCAGCAAGAUCGUCGGACUCAACUACGACGACGACCAUGUACUCCACGCCCCGGCCCUCCGGUUCGCUGUCACGCCGAACCCUUUCGGCGCCGGCACCAGCCAAAAGGACACGGAGGACGGCCGCCGGCUCAUCGCGGCCGUCGGCGCCGCCCUCGCGCGGCGCGCCAACAGCGGCAGCGGCAGCGACCUGGAGGAGCUCGAGAUCAACUUCGUCUACAGCUCCCCCCGGAACAGGUACAUCGACAUGGCGUCCGGGGGCUUGUACCUGUUCAGGCAAGGCCACGCUGCCGACAUCACGUCGGAGCACGUCGCCGCUUGGCUGCGGUUCGGCGAGCGCCGCGUUACCGGGCGCUUCACGCUCGCCGUUCCCGUGCCGCCGCGGCACGCGAAGACGACGAAGACAGCGGCCGUGGGGGUGCCUGUGCCUGUGCCUGUGCCUGAGAGGAAGAAGCUCUUAUCCGCCGCGAUGCCGGCCUCGGCGAGAGCCGAGACGAUGAGCCUCACCUUGGGCAACGCGACCCUCACCGUCCCACCGGUCGCCGGCGCCGGCGCCUUCGCCGCGCUCACUGACCUCCUGCUCAGCCACGCGCGGAUCGAGCCAAACGGGAACGGCACCGACGUCGAAGACGAGCGCAACCUCGGGCGCCUGCUGUCGGCGUCCUGCUGCCCCCGCCUGCGUCGGCUCCGUCUCGCGCACAUCGCGGGGCUCUCCGCGCUCCGCUGCGCCGCCCCCGCCCCCGAGUCCGCGACGCUCGAGGAGGUCCGGCUAGAGCACGUCAGCGACAUGGCGUCGCUGGAGCUGGACGCGCCGGGCCUCCGAGCGCUGCACGUCGCCGACUGCUACAGGUUGGCGUCCGACGACGCGGCGGUGGCGAUCUCGGCGCCGAGGCUCGAGACGCUGGCGUGCGCGGACAUGUGCCGCCCGGAGCGCCUGCGGUUCGACGGCGCGGAGACCGUCUGGCGCCUGGAUAAGAUCUUCCUCUGGUCGCACGGCCACCCCGCCGGCUACAGCAACGCCGGCGCCGUGUGGCUCCUGCGGAACUGCACCGCCGCCCACAGCCUCGGCGUGCACAUAUCGCCGCCCGUGGCAAAGAACUGGAGGGAUAUGGAGGAGAUGAUGAGCCCAGUGCCACAGCUUCCUAGAAUUACCAACUUGACCAUAGAUGCGCAGUGGCAGCACCUUGAAUCAAGCAUUGCCAAACUCAUUGCAAAAUGUACUAGAAUCGAACGCCUUUCAAUUGACAUCUCCAGGCCCUGCGACCCGUGCUCUAAUCCUCGUUGUUUCUGCGCUCGAGAAGGCGGUUGGGAUGACCAGAAGAUCCAUCUGGAGCGCCUUAACGAGGUGAAGAUCACCGGCUUGCAGCCAUCAGAUAGCCAUUUAAGCCUUGUUCGACGCGUGAUUGCGAGCGCACCUGCGCUCAAGAGGUUGACCGUGGAGUUGUACAUUGGCAAGGAGCUGGACUGCAGCAGGAUCCCUUGCAACAGAGGGCAUUGGGCUCCUUGUGUGACAGAACAAUCAUCCAGAAGGGUCUAUAACAAAGUGUAUGAAUGGACACCGGAUGUGGAAGGGCAAGCAUAA